UGGGUAGCAAGUCGCUGCCCGGAACCUGCGGGAGGCGGAGGCGUUUUCCCGGGGCCUAUUGGCUGCUGGACCUAGGCAGUCAAGGGCGGAAGUGGGAGGUGUGGGUCCGUGCAAGCAGCUCUGCCGACGCGAUCUGGCCACACUGGAGGCGGCGGGCGAACGGGGCUUGGGGGGUCCUCGUGGCACCGUGGAGAGGGCUUCUGGGGCUCCGUCAGGGUCCGCUACGGCUCCAGCGGAGCGCGGCGGGGAUGGGGUACACGGCCGAGCCUCCGCCGGAGCCUCCGCCAUGUUCGCGGGACUCCAGGACCUGGGCGUGGCCAAUGGCGAGGACCUGAAAGAGACCCUGACCAACUGCACCGAGCCUCUCAAGGCUAUUGAACAGUUUCAGACAGAGAAUGGUGUGUUGCUGCCUUCCCUGCAGUCGGCCCUGCCCUUCUUGGAUCUACACGGGACACCGCGGCUGGAGUUCCAUCAGUCAGUGUUUGAUGAACUGCGUGACAAACUGCUGGAACGAGUGUCAGCUAUUGCCUCUGAGGGAAAGGCAGAGGAGAGGUACAAGAAGCUGGAAGACCUUCUGGAAAAGAGCUUUUCUUUGGUCAAGAUGCCAUCCCUACAGCCAGUGGUGAUGUGUGUUAUGAAACACUUGCCCAAGGUUCCUGAGAAGAAGCUGAAGCUGGUGAUGGCUGACAAGGAGUUGUACCGGGCAUGUGCUGUGGAAGUGAAGAGGCAGAUCUGGCAAGACAACCAGGCUCUCUUUGGUGAUGAAGUCUCACCACUGUUGAAGCAGUAUAUCCUAGAGAAGGAGAGCACGCUCUUCAGCACAGAGCUCUCUGUCCUGCACAACUUCUUCAGCCCUUCCCCCAAGACCCGGCGCCAGGGCGAGGUAGUGCAGAAGCUGACGCAGAUGGUAGGGAAGAAUGUGAAGCUGUAUGACAUGGUGCUGCAGUUCCUGCGCACGCUGUUCCUGCGGACCAGGAAUGUGCACUACUGCACGUUACGAGCUGAGCUGCUCAUGUCUUUGCAUGACUUGGACGUCAGUGACAUCUGCACUGUGGAUCCCUGCCAUAAGUUCACCUGGUGCCUGGAUGCCUGCAUCCGGGAGCGGUUUGUGGACAGCAAAAGAGCCCGGGAGCUGCAGGGAUUUCUUGAUGGUGUGAAGAAGGGCCAGGAACAAGUUUUGGGGGACUUGUCUAUGAUCCUGUGUGACCCCUUUGCCAUCAACACACUGUCCCUGAGCACCAUCAGGCACUUGCAGGAGCUGGUUAGCCAGGAGACACUGCCCAGGGAUAGUCCCGACCUCCUCCUCCUCCUUAGGCUGCUGGCACUGGGCCAAGGUGCAUGGGACUUAAUAGACAGCCAGGUCUUCAAGGAGCCUAAGAUGGAGGCAGAGCUCAUCACCAAGUUCCUGCCGAUGCUCAUGUCCCUCGUGGUGGAUGACUUCACUUUCAACGUAGAUCAGAAGCUUCCAGCUGAGGAGAAAGGCCCAGUCACAUACCCCAACACACUUCCUGAAAGUUUCACCAAGUUUCUGCAGGAGCAGCGCAUGGCUUGUGAGGUGGGGCUAUACUACGUCCUACACAUCACCAAGCAGAGAAACAAGAAUGCGCUCCUGCGCCUGUUGCCUGGACUUGUGGAAACCUUUGGUGACCUGGCCUUCAGUGACAUCUUUCUCCACCUGCUCACUGGGAGCCUGGUACUGCUGGCUGAUGAAUUUGCCCUGGAUGAUUUCUGCAGCAGCCUCUUUGACGGCUUUUUCCUCACUGCCUCUCCCAGGAAGGAAAAUGUGCACCGUCAUGUGCUGAGGCUUCUCCUCCACUUGCACGCAAGAGUGGCCCCUUCCAAGCUGGAGGCGUUGCAGAAGGCUCUGGAGCCCACGGGCCAGAGCGGGGAGGCCGUGAAGGAGCUCUACUCCCAGCUUGGUGAGAAGUUGGAGCAGUUAGACCAUCGGAAGCCCAGUCCUACCCAAGCUGCAGAGACACCAGCACUGGAUCUGCCUCUUGCCAGUGUGCCUGCUCCAGCCGCACUGUGAGGCUCUGGGGAACUGUUUGACGGUGGUGCCCCUAUGGAAGGGCACCCUAGUUGGCUAGGGGUGUAGGCUGAGCCGAGAGGGUUGUUCUUGGCAAGGUUCUCCCUCCUCUGAGUUUCUCCCAGGAGCUGGUCCCAAAAGGUCCUCAGUGGUCUAUGUGCACAUCAAAGGGGGCCCUUGAUGUCAUGGUGGGACUUGGCCCCUGCUUGACCCUGGCAGAGGUGGAUGGUGGUUGGGAUAUAGGAAAAGCAGUGGGCAGAGGCCUGACUGACGUGAUAUUCAAUCUGGAAAAAGUCCAAGGAGAAAGGUAUGCUAGGUUCACCAAAGUAGAUUUGUUGGGCCUGAUCCCCAAGCACAGGAGUGGUCCGUCCCCUCCACAGAAGCCAGAGGGAAGUCUACAGCAGGCCUGAGCCUGCUCAUGUCAGUGCUGACUGAGUCCAUGCUAACUAAGAUCUGUAGGCAGAGCUCUGCCCUGUAGCUCCCUGCCUCAGUUUACCUUUGCAAUAGAAAGCAAAUCCUUCCCCAGCUACGUGUUUUAGCCUUUGAGUAGGGGAGUUUGGGUAUACACAUUGAAGUUUCCACUUAUGUAAAUAAAACGGAUUUUGAUAAAUCCA